CAAAAGUCCAGGCUUAACAAAAUUCCCUAAUAUUUAAAUUUACCACCUUUCACUCCCAUCGGCGGACCACCAGUGGCACUAAGAAUAAUGGAUGAUGAUAAUUAGCAUCAAUUGCAUUCUUGACGCAGGAGUCAUAAGAACGGAUCCCGGCCGUUCUCGCUCUUUAUAAGAUGGCUCAGUUGCAUCGAGCGCAAGCGCAAUUAAAUGUCAUUCAUGGCUCAACUGGCAUCUCCUCAUGCACUCUACAUAUCAGAGAUAUUGUUCGCCAUCUCAUACCACCUUGCGGAUGAUAGGAAAGCUCUAGCACGUCUUGCUCGUUGCUGUCAUGCAUUUUCAGAACCUGCUCUCAGUGUCCUAUGGUCGUCGGUGCGGUCUUUUUCGCCAUUCAUUGCCCUCCUGCCGCCAACCGUGAAGGUCUUAUGGGACCACAGUCAGUUUGACGAGAUGACCCUUGUCGAGUUCCAAGUGCGCAGGCUAUACUCUGGAUCUCGUUGUCACCAAAUAGUGGCUCGUAUACGCUCCAGAACCACUUUAUUCCCUUUGCUACAAUCUCUGUCUCUUCAACUCGUCGAAUCCCCUGAUAUGCAAGGGCACCUCUUCUCGGACUCGCUACGCUCUUUGAAGAUAUCCGGACCUGCGUAUGUACACUGCAAAGAUGACCGUGUCCAAAUGGCCGUCGCGCAGGUGGCUCGCGAUGCGCCGUUGGUGGAACAUCUUCACAUCGAAGAUUAUACCUAUUCUGUUGUCCAGUCGUCACUGCCACCUCUCCAUUUUACUCAUCUUCGAGCCGUCGAAAUAUCUGCAUUUUUCGGUUACAGCCUCCUACAGUCUCUCUGUCAUAUCCUUUCCCAAGCACCUGUGACACAACUCAAACUUGAACUUCCACCGCUCCCAAAUAAGGAGUGGAAUGUCUCGGUUCCCGUCUUUCCUGCUCUGAAAUCGUUGCAAAUUUGUGGCAAUCCGGCUUCUGCCGAACAAUUCAUAUCCCAUCUUGCCAGCGAGGGUCUUCAAGAGCUUGGUGUCCAUCACACAAGAGGAUCCGCGAGCGCUGCGGAUUACCACCAACUUCUUUUGUGUGUUGCGGAUAAAUAUGGUAAUACUCUCCAACAACUCUCGCUGUCAACUCUUCAGCAAAUACCGCUGUCAUUCACCCAGUCACCCACCCCGAACUACCCGUACGAUGUUUCCCAAGCACUUCUCGAUGCUUUUUACGCGCUCGCACCACGUUUUAAUCGACUACAAACUUUCCACCUCUCCUUGCCGCACAAUCGCUACGUUCACCUAGCGCCUGAGCUCACAUCUGAGUCUCAUACGUGGCCAUCUCUCAAGCUUCUUGACCUCGAAGAAAAUUAGUGUUUUAUACGGAAGAACUGAAGAGGCGCUCAGUGCUGUAUAUUUUAGGAAGUAUAUAUGUCGUGUUGAUCAGGUGUCAGGUUGCUGUCAAUGCGAAUGUAGAAUACGAGAAGACUAUGCCGCAGUGUGGGAGUGCUGAUGAGCAC